AUGGCUUCAUCACGACCUCAGCGUACAAAUACGCAGCGUGAUUAUCUAGCUUUGAAUUAUGGAUACGAAGACAACGUCCCAAUUGAAGACCAAUAUCCUGAUUAUCCCACUCAGACUACUCUCCUUUCUGAUACACUUGAUACUAUUCAGACAACUCCUGAUUCAAUCCUCCCAUCAGAAUCAGCCUUACAGACUAUUCUACCAGACCCUGAUACAUCGUCAUGCCUGAGUAUAGUCUCCCAACCCUCAACUCGGAAACGACCUCGCAAAACUGCUCUAUCAACUCAAUGGUUAUGGGGCCAUUUUGAUAUUAUAUCAAUUAAGCGUCCCUGGACCACUCGUGCCAAGAAGCCAAUGGAUACAGACCGUCUUAUCCAAUGCAAGAAGUGCAAUUGGGAAACAUCUGACUCUAUUAGAUCAGGAUCGUCUAAGAACAUGGAGCUUCAUCUAUAUACCCAACAUACUCUCUCUGAGCCAUCUUCCUCAUCUUCUGAUUUAAUUAAACAACCUUCGAUCGUCGAUUCCUUUAAUAUGAAGCCAAAGCUAUCAGUGGUAGCUCAGUUCCAGGAGAAUAUUCUACAAUAG